AAGCAAGUAUAUAAACAUAUCCUAAUCAGCACUAUUAGACCAUUGAUCUGCUCAAAGCCACCAUAUCCAGCCUAAAGACGCAAAGCCGCAUUACUUCCUUCUAUCAAUCCAUCUCAACUAUCACUAUCUCCCGCAAAAUGCCACUAACCACCACCACCACCACCACCACCACGACAUCCACAACAACCAAGCCCUCCACCCCCCUAACCUUCUACGACAUCGCCACCCGCCCUCCUGCAGAGAAGAAUGCCUGCUCCCCGAACCCCUGGAAAACUCGGUUCACGCUGAACUUCAAGAACCUGCCGUACAAGACCACCUGGGUGCCGCUGCCGGAGGUCGCCAGCGUGCGCAAGAGCCUGAACGUGCCCGCGUGCCGCCAAUUCGCCGACGGCAGCGACUUCUACACCCUGCCGAUCCUCCACGACCCCACCACCAACACUUUACUUGGGGACUCCUUCGACAUCGCCGCCUACCUCCAAGCCACCUACCCAACUGCCGGCAGCGGCGACCUCUUCCCUACCCAACCCCUGGACUACACCUUCCCGCUGGACCCGCCGCCCAUCGUCCCGCUCUCCGAGUGCAACGCCAACAACCCCGCGCUGGCCGCAUACGCCCGGUUCAACGUGCACGUCGACGCGGCGUUCACGGCGCACACCCAGCUGACCGUGCAGGGGUUCCCCUUCGACCCGGCGACGGAGGCGACGACCAAGGCGGAGUUCGUGCGGCGGGCGCAGCUGGCGGGCGCGCCGAUGACGAGCUGGGAGGAUUUCAAAUGCGAAGGGGAGUACCGCCACAAUAUGAUCCUGUCGUUCGAAAAGACGCUGGGGGCGAUUGCGGAGUUGUUCGUGCAGAAUCCCGAGGGCCCGUUUGUGCGCGGCGUGAGCGCGUGUUAUGCGGAUUUUCUGGUGGGCGCGUGGUUGCGUAUGUUCAGUGUCAUGUUGCCGGAGGAGGAGUGGGCGUUGGUGAAGGGGUGGCAUGGGGGUGUCUUUGGGCGGUUGCAUGAUGCGUUGGAGGUUUAUGCGGAUGUGAAAUAGAUACCUGGGGUUGUUUUGUACCCCGAUUGGUUGGAGGACUGGUGUUGUGGUUGGGGUUGCGGAAUAUAUUUACUCAAGACCUAUCUCGCACUGUUAUACACGGGUGGCCUGAGAAGGGCUUCUGAGAAAUGAUUAGCUGGUGUUAAUGAAUACAAAAGUGGUAUUAUUGGGAAUGAAAAUGGAAUGACUCGUUGCAAGUAUCG